AGACUCUUCCUAACAGCAACUUUGAGAGACAGUGGGUUGUGGGCCAGACAGAGGACCAAACUGUUUCAACUUACCUGUCAGCACAAUGUGGGAGAUAAAAAAGAAGAGAGAGAGAAAAAAAAUCUUGAGAGAAUUUUAAGAAAAAGGAAUCAGGACUUGAUGAUUUAGAAGAUUUUCAUCUUAUCCAGAUUGCACAAGACACUAAAAUGAGCACAUUCAAUGUCAGGAAAUUGUGCUCUGGAGAGAAGGCAAAGGGAAUGGCUGGACAACCUUUUGCUAGUGCUUCUGAAGCAGCAACAUUUCAGAGUAUUCAAUCACACAAAGGACUCUUCGAAGAGUUUAGGUGUGUGAUUUUUGGUUCUAAGCAGAAACCAGGAAUGAAGUUGGCCUUAUCAAGGAAAUAUCAAUGGAGGAGCAAAUGACAGGGAAAGGAAGAAAUAAAAGAAAUUCACUAGAAUUGCAAGUGAAAACUGCCUAAUAACAUUACUCAGCUGAAAACACAUGCUUCCCCUUAAGAAAAAUGAAGAAUGAUUCUGAGGGCAGAGCUGCAGGACAAGAGGGCAGAAUCCUGAAGCCAGAAGGUGAAACUGACAGCCACAGAGGAUUAUUUCAAGUCCUCAAAACCUAGUAGAGCCUCACAUGCUGGAUUUCAAAAUUAUUUGGAUUAAUGAUUCCUUUUUUCAUUCUAUAUUCUCCCUCUUUGAACAGAAAUGCCUCUAACAGGGAAACUAUGCCUGUCCUACCAUUGUGUUAUGAAAAGAGUAACAUGUUUUCUUGUUUUACAAAUAUAAGUUUGAAGAGAAAUUUUUACCCAUAAUGGAUCAUACCCACAGUCACAACCGAUACAAGAUUUACAUGAUAAAUCAGUUAACAGUUUGUCAACAUUUUGAUCCUCUGGGAGGUAUUUCAGAGAAGCAAUAAUUCCAGAUUCUUCAGAAAUUUUGUUAAUAGAAGCAGAAUGCAGGUACAAGACAUCAUCCUGCCACUUGUUCGAGGAGCCCAUCCCAAUCCAAUUCCUGACCAGACGGGGUCCUGCCAUUCAUUCCAGCCAAGAGACCUAGUGUUUGUUAAAAAGUUCCAGAAAGAAGGACUCACUCCUGCUUAGAAAAGACCUCACACCAUCAUCCUCACAAUGCCAACAGCUCUGAAGCUAAAAGUUGAAGCUCCACCUGGUGAAAUAAUUGGAUAUGUUUAUCAAUACUUUCACCCAUUCUUGCCAAAGUUCAAAAUAAAAAAUGAGAAUAAGGAGGAGGUAAUGAAAAUUAUAGGCCCAUGGUUGGUCUUCAGCUGUCUCGGGGAUCUAAAUUUUAAUUUAUUGACUCUGGAUGAGGAAAUGGUUAUUGGAAAGAUUUCAAAACAGUACUCUGGAUUUGUAAGGGGAAUAUUAACCAAUGGUGAGAAAUUUGGGAUCCAGUUUCCAUUUGAUCUUGAUGUUAAAAUUAAAGCAUUGAUGCUUGGAGCAACUUUCCUCAUUGAAUACAUGUAUUUUGAACUGUGGCCAUAAGAAUUACCCUGAAAGAAUAUGUCAAAGAUUACUGGCGUUUAUUUUUGCCAGCCCUCAACAAAACUAAGCAACUUUCACUGAAAAUAUCUAAAUAAAGUUUUAUUUUACUAAAACUAUUCAUAUAUAUUCUUUCUGCAU